AGCUAUGGAUUCAUCGACUGAUGUUGAUCCUUCCAAAACCACUGACCACAAAGAACAUCGGUCAUUAAAAACUGUUCUGAAAGAUUUYCUAGAAUAUAGUACUGCGCAUGGUUUCGGAAGGCUGGCCGCUUCAAAAGAAAUCUACUGGAAAACAUUCUGGGUAGUUGCAAUAAUUUCUAUUCAUAUAACAUUUUGGUAUCACUUCUUUGUGAUUCUUCGAGACUACAUGAAUAAACCAAUUGCUACAAAAGUUUCAAUGGAGAGAAAUAAGGUGCUCGACUUUCCAGUAGUGACAAUAUGUAAUCGCAACAUGUUACGCCAGAGUAAACUGACCAAAAAGAUGAAAUCAGAUGUUGAGAAAAUUCGGAACAUAACUUCAGAACACUGGAAGAACUACACCCAUAAUAGAAGGAACAUACUUCAACACGAUACAGAUUCAGAGCUGCUUCAUUUUAUGCAUGACAGGCUUGAAGCCUUAAGACAUAUGGUCAGCGAUACGAAGAGUAAGACAUUACGAGARAUGGGCCACCAGUUUAAAGAUAUGGUAAUAGAUUGCGUUUUUGCCGGUGAAGAUUGCAGGGAAGAAAAGAAGCUAAAACAUCAAUGGCGUCAUCUCUGGAUUGACCCUGUUGGGAACUGUUACAUGUUCAAUCGUGUUCUUCCCGGAGACGAUAGUGUACCCCAYAAGACCUUUCUCACAGGAGAUCAAUAUGGUCUACGGCUUCUUAUCAACAUUGAACAGUCUGAGUACAUAUACGGCAUAUCACCCUAUGCUGGUCUAAAGGUUGUCAUUGGACCUCAAGGACAAAUGCCUUUUCCCCUAAGCGAAGGAAUCAAUGUUGGUCCUGGGUUAUCCACAAAUAUAGAGGUUGUCAUGAAACAAGCCAAACGAUUGGAUCCUUUCAAGAAUAACAGCUGUAAGAGAACGGAAAGUCUGGAACCGACAAACAUAUAUCACCAGUACAACAUGACGUACUCCAAAAUGGCUUGUAGAAUGUCAUGUCUGUCGAACAUGCAAAAGAACCGCUGCAAAUGUUCCCAGUUUCAUUACACUGAUGAUCCAACCACUGGAUACUGCAAGUCAUUGAACGCAUCAGUUAGUAAGUUGAAAAAUCGAUAA